UCUCACAGAGCGGGUGUGUGUGAGUGCGUGUGCACGCGUGAGCGAGCUGUCACUGUGCUUUCGGCUUUUCUGCCUCUGGCGUGCAGGACUCUGCAGGAACGUUUGUGUGUGUGUGUGUGUGUGUGUGUGUGUGUGUGUGUAUAUGUGUGUGUGUGUGUGGGACGGACUCUACGGUGCAUGGCAGGUGGAGAUGACAUGAGCGCCUAUGAGAGGAAGAGAGGGAGAAACCCACGGGGACAGCAGCUCUUCCUGACUGGACCAACCACAGCAGCCCCCUCCCCAGACCAGCUACAGCAUGCAUUGCUCCAGCUGGCGUCUGUCAUUGAAGCCCACAGUCUGCAUGGAACUGUCAGACACGCCCUACAGAAAACAAUCCCCAGACUGGAGUGUGUUUAUUUGUACCUGUUGGAUUUGGGGACCAAUCGGCUGCUGUGUGAUGACCCCAAACAUGAAGUGCCAGCAGAGGGGAAGCUCAGGGAUGUGGUGAAUCAGCAGAAGAGACUGCAGUGUGCUGGUCUUCCAUCAGCUGAACUGCAUGAGAGACAAAGGAGCAGCCUCGCCACCCCCUUGGCCCCUGACAAGCAAGCUGUAAUCAUUCCUCUGGUGGAUGAGGAUCUUGGCUUGGUGAUCGCUGUCCUGCUGAUAUGCUGUCAAAAGCUCAGUGAUCAAGAUGAACAACACCUCAAUGCACUGGAGCAACAUGUUGCCGUAGCCUGUAAGCGUGUUCGAGCUCUGCAGAAGAAUCCAACAUGGCCGCCUCCCCCACUCUCACCAGCGCUGUCCCAGCAUGCAUUGCAGUCCAGUGAAGCCAAAGCACAGGAGGACCACUGGGAGCUGGACCACAAAAUCCUACAGCUGUGUGGUGAACUCUAUGACCUGGACGCAGCUUCUCUUCAGCUCAAAGUCAUCAACUACUUGCAGAAAGAGACUCAGUCCCUCUGCUGCUGCCUGCUGUUAGUAUCUGAAGACAAUCACCAGCUAUUCUGUCAGGUGGUUGGAGACAAAGUUCUUGAGGAAGAAAUCAGCUUUCCACUCAUGUGUGGGCGUUUUGGUCAAGUGGUGGAGAAGAAGAAAUCCAUUACACUUCAGGACGUCAGCACGGAGGAGUGUGUGCAGCUCAGUGGUCUGCUGGGCUGUGAGGCAUUGAGCUCCAUGCUCUGUGUUCCCGUCCUCAGCAGAGCCACUGGACAGGUGGUGGCCCUCGCAUGCGCCUUCAACAAGCAGGGGGGACAGAGUCACACCCCUGCGGACGAGCAUGUGAUCCAGCACUGCUUCUGCUACACCUCCACCGUGCUGACCAGCACCCUCGCCUUCCAGAAGGAGCAGAAGCUCAAGCAGGAGUGUCAGGCCCUGCUGCAAGUGGCCAAAAACCUCUUCACACACCUUGAUGAUGUGUCUGUGCUGCUGCAGGAAAUCAUUGUGGAAGCCAGGAAUUUAAGCAAUGCAGAGAUUUGCUCAGUGUUCCUGUUGGAUGAGCACAGUCAUGAGCUGGUGGCUAAGGUGUUUGACGGGGGACUGGUCAAUGAAGAGGAACAGGAGUUCCGUAUUCCUGCGGACCAGGGCAUAGCGGGGCAUGUGGCGACCACGGGCAAGAUCCUGAACAUCAAGGACGCAUACUCACAUCCACUGUUCUACCGCGGAGUGGACGAUAGCACCGGCUUUAGAACACGGAACAUCCUCUGCUUCCCCAUCAAGGAUGAGAAUGGAGAAGUGAUUGGCGUGGCCGAGUUGGUAAAUAAGACCAAUGGGCCGUGGUUCAACCGCUUUGAUGAGGAUUUGGCCACAGCCUUCUCCAUCUACUGUGGAAUCAGCAUCGCACACUCGCUGCUGUAUAAGAAGGUGCACGAGGCCCAGUUCCGCAGCACGCUGGCCAAUGAGAUGAUGAUGUACCACAUGAACGUGUCGCAGGAGGAAGUGACGUGUCUCGUGAGCCGCGGCCUGCAGCCUGUCCACUGCCUCAACGCCGACUUCGCCCAGUUCACAUACACACCACGCUCACUGCCCGACGACACCACCCCCACGGGUAUUCUGAGCAUGUUUGAAGACAUGGGAUUCAUCAACACAUUCAAAAUCGACCUGAAUACACUGGCCAGGUUCUGCCUAAUGGUGAAGAAGGGGUACAGGGAUCCACCGUAUCACAACUGGAUGCACGCAUUCUCUGUGUCCCACUUCUGUUACCUGCUCUAUAAGAACCUGCAGCUCUCCAACUACCUCGAGGACAUUGAGAUCUUUGCCCUCUUUGUCUCCUGCAUGUGCCAUGAUCUGGAUCACCGCGGUACCAACAACUCCUUCCAAGUCGCUUCGCAAUCUGUUCUGGCUGCCCUGUACAGCUCAGAGGGUUCAGUAAUGGAGAGACACCACUUCGCCCAAGCCAUCGCAAUCCUCAACACUCGAGGUUGCAACAUCUUCGACAAGUUCUCCAGGAAGGACUACCAGCGGAUGCUGGAUCUGAUGCGUGACAUCAUCCUGGCCACAGACCUGGCCCAUCACCUGCGCAUCUUCAAAGACUUGCAGAAAAUGGCUGAUGUGGGUUAUGAUCCUAAGGACCAGAAUCAUCACAGUCUGCUGUUGUGUCUGCUCAUGACCUCGUGUGACCUUUCUGACCAGACCAAGGGCUGGAAGACCACACGCAAGAUUGCGGAGCUUAUCUACAAAGAGUUCUUCUCUCAAGGGGAUUUGGAAAAAGCCAUGGGGAACAGGCCCAGUGAGAUGAUGGACAGGGAGAAGGCCUACAUCCCUGAACUGCAGAUCAGCUUCAUGGAACACAUUGCCAUGCCCAUCUACAAGCUGUUGCAGGAGCUGUUUCCUGGAGGGGCGGAGCUUUAUGAGCGGGUGGCAGCCAAUCGGGAGCAGUGGACCAAAGUCUCCCACAAGUUCACCAUUCGUGGGUUGCCUAGCAACAACUCGCUGGACUUCCUCGAUGAGGAGUAUGAUCUGAUGCAAUCCCAGGGUGCAUUUGGAGAUGACCCCCCCCCUCUCAAUGGUUGCCUGGACGACGACCCCACACGGCAUGAUAAGUGACAUCAUGGUGAUGUCGGUGGUGCUCAGGGGUCACAGGGGGCGUAACCCGGGUGAUGUCUGGGGGCGUUGCUAUAGAGACACUUCCUGUGGGCAGAGGAGACUCAACGGCGUCACCCUUACAAUGAGAAAGAUGAUGUCAUGACUCACCACACACACACACACACUUGAGAUGGAGUGUGUGAGACAGAUAGAGUGUGUGUGUGAGAGAGAGAAAGUGUGUGAGAGAUAGAGUGUGUCCAUGUGUUCUUUUGGUCUAAACUUAGCUUUGUGACUGGUGUGUGUGUGUGCUUUCUAGUGUGUGUGUGUGUGUGUGUGUGUGUGUGUGUGUGUGUGUGUGUGU